AUGCGACACUCUGCCAUGACCGGCGAAAGCCGCUCCCUGUCACGCUACUCAUUUUCUUCCUCGUACCUCGACCAGGAAGAUGAACACUCGUUCGACUUUAGCAGCAACGCGAGCGAGUCGAGCUUCCAGAGCUCCUGCGCAGGGCGCAGUCAAGCGCGGGCGCAAGACAGGAGCUUCUUCGGAAGACCCGAGGACGAGUCCGCCGCCCCAGCGAUUCCUUCCAGGGUGGAUGUCGUCAUCGUUGGAGCUGGCCCCGUGGGCCUCACGCUCGCCAUAGACUGCCAGAGGAAAGGCCUUUCCUACUUGUGUGUUGAUGUCCGACAAGACAUGGUUGGGGACAGCCGAGCCAUUCUACUGCACCCGAGAACUCUCGAGAUCAUGCAAGACCUAGGUGUCGCAGACGCUCUUAUUCUUCGCGGGAUUCGCCUGCGCGGUCUCCGCAUGUUCCUAAAUGGUGCACUCGCUUCCGAGACGCCUCUCGGGCCCCUCGUCGUCCCUCCCCAACAGCAGUCUGGCGGCGUGCCAUUCUCGUCUUUCCCCACUGCGCUCUUCUGUGGAAACGGCUCUGCGGGGAGAGACCCGUUCUCCCCGUUCCCGAGGGUUUCUUCACCCUCCACCAGCAGCUCCACACCCUUCCCGUACGCGGUCGUCCUCGAUCAGAGCGCCACAGAGGCGAUUCUGCACGACAGACUCCGGCAGCUCGGAGGACAUGUUCACCGCCCGGUGGCGGUGUGGCGCCUGGAGCACCAAGACGUCGAAGAGCCUCCUUGCUUUCCACCGGUUCCCCUUCGUCGGCGACGGCGGAAACAGCGCAGAUCGCGGUGUAGAUCUUCGUCUGCUGUGGAGCGAGAGAAAGACAGAAACCCCGUGGCGUCUCAUCUUGAGGCAGCCAGCGAGCGCGAGGAGGGAGGCGGUCGGCUGGGACCAGGGGGCUGCGCUCCGGCUGACAAUCGCCGAGGCGGCGACACAGGCGCAGGGGACAAGCUUGCAGAGAAAGAGACAAAGCGGGCGACUGAGGGCCGGGGCGAGGACGCCCCGACAGGGGACGCACAGCGAGUGGAGAAGGACAGAGAAGGCCUGCAAGGUUCUUGCGACACCGAAGAAAAGGCGAGACUGAGGGAGUCGCGCCAAGGAGAGAGCGAGGCACACCCUGCGGGCCCCCACGCAAGUCCGCAGCCAGGACGGGAGUCCGAGCACGUCAAGACACUCCGAGCCAGCGACCUGCCGUUCCUGGACUCGCGAGUGAAGACCGCCGAGCGGCGGAGGUUCACAACCACAGCCGAGCCCCAGUACUGGUCCGGCCGAGCACAAAACGCCGUGCCUGUUGCGACCGGAUUCCUCAUCAACGAAGAGCACGAGGACGAAGAAGACAUCGACGGAUACCCUGUCGUCGUCCACAUGGCGAAACUCUCCGAUGUCUUCGGAACAGAAGACCCCGCCUUCAUUUCCGUCAGGUGCCGGUACGUCGUCGGCUGCGACGGCGCGAAAUCGAUGAUCCGGAAAGCGUCCAGUAUCUCGUUUGAUGGCACAUCUCGUGCAUCCGAGUUUCUUCUGGCGGAUUUGUCUCUGGACUGGUCGAAUCUGAGCAGCGGCAUGGAUCACCAGGAGGUGUCCUCGCUCGCCGAUCCUUCUCUGGUGAUUCCGGACCCGGCGUGGCCCGAGAAGGAAGCGCGUAUUGUCGCUUUGCAUCGUCUGCUUCGCAAUUCGCCUCUCGAUCGCCUGAAUCUCUUUCUCUCCGACGAAGGCUCUCUGCUUCUCACUCCGCUCCUGCCGCCGUACUACCGCCUUCUUCCGGGCGAGUCUCUCGUCUCUGGGGACGAUGCGUACUCCCUGUCGUCGCUGGCUCGGACGCCGGUGCGCUCGAACUCCGAGGAAAGCGAAGGGGGGUACGCGACAUCCACGGGCCAGAGGGACGAACGAAGCGACAGAGAGACCGACGGAGACGGCAGGAUCGGGCGGCGCGACCGGGAGAAGGACGGCGGCUUGGGAAGAGCCACCGCCCUGCUGGUGCACACUGAAGCGUCGGGAAACCUGCGGUGGCGAAUCAUGGCGCUCAGGGAGUCGUCUUCGGCAAUCCUGACUGCUAGCCAAGGCGGCCGAGGCGAGGGCACGGCUUCGCAGAGAGACGCCGGCGCCGACCUGGAGGAGGGCGAAGUCAACGGGAGGGACUUGGACAGAGGACCCGGCUCUGCAGACAGGAGGAAGGGGGCAAACACGAGUGUAUCGGAAGACGAACUCGUUCACUUCAUCGAAAAGAUGAUCCCGGCGACUGUCGUUCGACGCAUUCACUGGAGUUGUGCGUAUUCCGUCGGCAGCCGCGUCGCCACUCGCUUCAAAGAGCGCAGGUGCUUCCUCGCCGGCGAUGCUGCGCAUUCCCAUCCACCUUUCUUCUCCGAGGGUCUAAAUCUCGGCAUUCAGGAUGCCUACAACUUGGGUUGGAAGCUGGGCAGCGUUCUGAAGGGCGGAGCGAGCACGCGGCUGCUUGAGUCCUACCACCACGAGAGGCAUCAAAUCGCCAAGGAAGUCAUGCUGCGAGCGGGCCGAACCCUCGAUUUCAUCUUUGGCAGUGGAGGAAAACCUUCGUUUCUGUCACGCUGCGUCUUGAAGGUCAUGGGCCCUCUCCUGUCUCGCCUUCCGGCUCUUGCUGACGCUGUGUCAAGGAGUUUUUCUGUCAUCGAUGCAACCUACCAAUAUCCUACCGACGUCCUUGGCGUCGCCGGAACGACCUCCUACGCUUCUCUGGUGCCAGGCAUGCAGGCUCCGGACUGUCUCGUCAAGGUCACCGAGAUCUACCCCGAACGGAGCCCUCUGCCUCCUCCAGCGCCUCCUACGUAUCUCUAUGAACUCCUCGGAAGCAGUCAGCACGUUCUACUUCUUCAUAUCCUUCUCCUGCCCGCGGGUUCUCGUGUUCGGAAUGUUUUUGGCUGCGAAAUGCCGGGCGCGCCUCUCGCGGCGACAUCCAUCACCACGGCGCUGCCGCGAGACUCGCUGCGCUUCCGAGGGGGCUCGGGGAACGUGUGGUCUGCUUCCCCGACCCAGUCGUUUUCGUUUUUUCGGCGUUUCAGCUCGGCGAGUGUCGGGGCUCCGGGACUCCCUCUCUUGCCGCUGUUGGGUCUCACCGACGCGGGCGAAGGCCAAGAAGGCGAGAGGAAUUUCCUUUCCGUCCUCUCCUCUGCAGGAUCAAAGCUUUACGCGCCGUCAUCCGAAGACAGUGCACACGAGCGAGAGCCGAGGAACGCGCACGCGAGGUCUUCAGGCAGCUCCGCUAGCUCCACGCAUUCUGCGCCGUCCGGCGAGGGCGACAGACACGACAAAGUGAGUGAAGCGUCGGACGCGGAGCGUCCAAACGGCGGCGACGCGGGUUCCGGAAAGGCAGAGCAAUCGGAUGGCGGCGCUUACGGCCCCAUGUUCUCUGGGUCACUCGGUUCGCUCUCGGGCUUUUUCUACGGGAGACAGUCCGCGGGCCCCAAGCCUCGAGAGAGCUCGCCAACCUCGUCGCCACGCUACAGCAAUCCGCCCCUUUUCUCCCACGAGUCGAGAGCGCGCAACGACAACGACGCCGACGCGACGUCCACAUUCUUGCUGCGCAGACACCUGCUCGACCUCUUGCCGUCUGGAAUCUUGUCCCAGCUUCAGGGUCCACAUGCGCCUCAUCCGUCCCUCCUGCUGGUCGACUUCGUCGACGAAGUCGCCACGAAAUUCGGUCUCCGGCUGGUUCCCCCCGGUUCAGCUUACGCAGACACGCGAAGCGGAGCCUUCACGUUGAUCAGGCCUGACGGCCACGUCGCUCAGGGAGGUCUUCUCGCAACACCCAGUGUCGCGACCUCCCCACCCGCUGUCGGGCACCAGGCUACCGGCCGGCUGUGA